CCGUAUGUACCUACCUUCCGACGACCGUGCCGCUGCGCUGUGCGUUUAUGAAGUUGAAACGAAUGACGUUUGUAAUCGACACAAAUGUAUGAAAUUGAAAAAUACCUUUGUUAGCAAUUUCUUUUUAUGUGAUACAAAGAAAGAUGACGUGAUUGAUACUUUAUUGAAAUGAUAGUCACUAGUUGAGGCAAUAAAAGUCCGACUGUUUCAAAGCUACAUUCAGUAGAUGUGUGUUGUGAUAACUGGCAAACAAUAAAGCCAUUAGGUGUUUCAGGUUCAACAAAUAAAAUAUCUGUUACGACGAGCUUUAUGGAGAUAUUUUUGUCAUCCUGGGUAAAUAACUUUUAGUGACAAUGACGUAUUAUGAUUAUUAUGAUGGGAGUAGAAUAUUCCUGUUCAUAUCGAACAAAGUUGGUCUUCCCCUAGAUUUAGUAAAUUUUUUGAUCGCACAAGUAGCUGCACUAUGCCUGGCAAGACUGUUUCGAAAACCAUUAAGAUAUGCUUCUCCGGAAUUUCGACAUUCUGUGUGCCUUGUUAUAGGUUUAACAAUGGGGUAUUUCUGUUUUGGAAGACAAGCUAUCCAUUUAUCGGUGCUGCCUAUGUUAACUUACACCUUGUUAAAGAGCGUCAAGCACCAAAUAAUGGGCAACGUUAUCCUGGCAGUGUCCAUGAUAUAUCUUUCAUGUCUUCAUUUACAUCGACAGAUAUAUCACACGGCUGAUUAUACAUUAGAUAUAACAGGUCCGUUAAUGGUUAUCACUCAAAGAGUAACAUCAUUGGCUUACUCUCUACAAGAUAGUUUGACCGUUAAAGAUUUAAAAUCGAAAGCGACGGCUUUGCAAACUACGGGUGGCGAAGACUUGGUGAAAAUAGAGAAAAUACCCUCACCGCUCGAAUACUUCGCAUUCACUUUGGCCUUUCAAACAUUAAUGUGUGGUCCAGUAGUAUUUUAUACUGAUUAUAUCAAAUUUAUCGAAGGUGCUCGUGUCGAUGAGUUGGAGAAGUCGGCAGACACUAAGGAACCCUCGCCACGGACAGCUGUGUUCUAUAAAGUUGCCGGUUCUUUAGCGGCGGCAUUGUUAUAUUUAACGUUAGCUAAGAAAUAUCCUCUGACUGUUUUAGAAGAGCUAACGGACCCCACCUCCGAAGUAUCUCGUUCAUGGUCUGCGCUAUACUUGCUGUGGUACGCGUACCUGUCGACGCUGGUGGUACGCUGCAAGUACUACCACGCGUGGCUCCUGUCCGAGGCCAUCUGCAACAACUGCGGCAUGGGAUUCAACGGGUACAACAACGACGGAUCGCCUAAGUGGGACAAAAUGUCCAACAUCGACAUAUUUGGUUUUGAGUUCGCCCAAAACUUCCGCAUAGCGAUCGCCAGCUGGAACAAGAACACGAACGCGUGGCUGCGCGACGUGGCGUACUCGCGCGGCGGCGCGGCGUGGCGCACGGCGCGGGUGUACGCGCUGUCCGCCGUGUGGCACGGCUUCCAUCCCGGAUACUACCUCACCUUCUUCGCGGGCGGCAUAUUCACCGUCGCAGCUAGAAAGAUUCGUUUCGUAGCUCGUCCCAUGUUUUUAGACAGUGUUCCUAAGAAGCUAUUCUAUGAUUCAGUCUCGUUUAUCACUACGAGAGUUGCGAUGACCUACGCCACGGUACCAUUUGUCCUGCUUCACCUCGCGCCAAGCCUCGCUUUUUAUGCAAAAUUCUACUACUCCCUCCACUUCAUCGCCCUAGGUGCCAUGUUAAUACCCGAAAAGGCCAAACGACCUAAACCUGCAGUUGUUCAAGAGCAGCAGUCGAAAUCCCCCACACUGAGUAAGGAAGCAAUGGAGGAAUCCCUCGACGAAUUGAAUGGUAAACUGAAAAUAUCAUAAAAAUAGUAUGUAGGCAUUGAAGGGUCGACAACACAUACUUCAUCAACGGGACCUCUACUGUAUGACCCAAUCAAGAUUGAACUAGCUUUUUAACAAAUCAUCCUCUAAUUGUAACUGUUUCAUGUUUUUUUCCGGAAGGUGGUAGGUGCAAUUAAUCUGUAUUAUUUUUUGCAUUUAACUACGAAUACACGCCGUCCAGGCAUGCACCGUCAGCCAUCAUAGUUAACUUCUGUUGAAUAAUGUGUAUCACUCAUAUAAUUUUUAUUUUAAUACAAUGAUUGUUAGUAAUUGUUUUGAUUAACGUUUCUUUUAUUUUAAGUUUAUUAGAUUAAGAAACGAAUUGACUAUUAUUGUUCAUAAAAAAUAAUUCACAACUGAGACGUCAGAAUGUGAAGCAGAUUGGAAAUAAACUAUGUAUAAGUUCUGCUUUAAUAUUUCGCACGUUGUUGGCUGAAGCUAAUUUAUUUUAAUUAAUAUUGUUUGAGUUAUUUAUACUUUUCCGAGUUCUUGACCCAAAAUAGAUCUUCAAAAUGUUUAGAGAGCAACCAAGUAGGCUCUGGUUGAUCAAACAUUUACCUGGACUAGUACCUAGUAAAGAGGCACAUGCUGCUAUUCUCGAAUCAUUAAAUGUAUUACAUUAUCAUAUUGAAUACGUUUACCGCGCGUUUUAUUUCGGGGCAACAGAGGUAGUAAAAUUUGUUACGUUAACAACGGUUACAUAAUUUUUAUUCUAAUUAUACCGGAGUUCCUAGGGGGGUUUGAACCAGGACUGAAUGCUUCUUUCUUAUCUUAAAAUAAAACUUAAUAAAAUUUACCAAUAUUUUUUUUGCUUUCCAUUAAUUAUUCUUACUGACUUCCCAAAACCGAGGAGAUUUUCAAUUUGGAUAUUUUUCGUUUUUUCAUUAUUCGCGCAUAACUUCAACCGAUUUGAACAUUUUUUUUGGUUUAAACUGGCAUACUUCCCAAUGGUCCCAUUUCCAAUUUUAAUUACUACAACUUAUUUCAAAAUCAAGAGCACGAUUUUUUAUUAGGUAAUUCGUCAAUAAUAAGCUCGCUAUCUAUACAUUCCACUUUUCCGUAAAAUAUUUUGUCCAAUUUGGGGCACUAGGAACUCCGUCUUGCUAUCUACUAAGCUUAACAUAUUGGAAACGUAUUUUUGGUGUCAACAAAACAUGAAAAGUUGUAUGUAUGUACUAAGAUGUAACCAAUUGGUCCGAAAGUGGGGACUUGUGACGUCACAGUUAAGUAAUAUUUGUGCUUAUAAGUGACAAAUUUUAAUCAUGUUAUAUUUGCUAAUAAAGUUUUGAGACAAAAAAACGUUUCCAAUAUUUUAGGCUAAUUACUUGAUUACUAUUUUACAAAAUUAUGUUUUCUUUAUUUGCCAUACCUGUUGCUUUUUUGGAAAAGGAACAUAAGUUAGAUACCUAUUUAAACAAAAUAUAUAGAGGUAUAUAUGGUUUCUAUUUUAUGCCUCUAACCAACCGCGAAAGUCGGAUACGUCGCUCAUCACAUUUAGGUACUUUAAGCUAUUAAAUCAAGUGAUAUGUAUUCACGAUGCGAAUCUCAUCUGAUGUGCAUUGUCUUGGGCUACGGUAAUGAUUACAAUAUUGAUGAACUACGAUAGGAGUCAGCCAUAAUAACUUUCAGACCAUUUUAGUUGUUACCUAUAUUAGGGCAGGCCCUCGAAGUAUUGAUCAAAUCGAACAAGCUCAUUUUGGCACUUUUCAAUUCGGAUUGUGCUCAAAGAAAAAUAUAUUUUUUAUUAUAAAUCCAAUGUUUUUUGCCAAAUCCAUUUUUGUUUUGAUAUUUUUUAGGCACUAGUUGCUACCUACCUAUUACCAAACAAAAGGCUAGAUCUUCUUCUGAAAACAAAAAUUAAACCGGUAGCCCCACGGAUAUUUAAUAAACAAGUACUGAUUAGUAGAAAACUGCAA